AAAACAGUGGAUGUUCGGGGAAUAUACAAGCAACGCUAUUGUGUGCAGCAGCUAGCUUAGUUUAGAUUUGUUUCUUAGCAAAAUGUCCGAUAGUUGGCAGCUAAAAACCUCCUGCGGGGUGAUUAGCGCUAUUUGGAGCAGUAUCGCCACCGCUCCAUCAGGAGAAAUGGAACACACACGGCUAGUUAAGCAACUCUGCAAAAUGUUGCAUCUAGAUAGUCAAGAAUUGGCGGUACGUCAUAUAAAAACAGCGCUAGCAGACCAGCUGAUAGCUGUGAGCGUACGGGCAAAACAGCGUGGGAAACCAAAAGCCUCCCCUAGCUACACCUUCCCGAAGCGGGAAACGGUACCGGACGAACAGCCGGACCGAUGCUGCUACGAAUGCCACAAUACAGGCAGAGUGGUAAAGUGUGAAGGUUGUGUAAGGAGUUUUCACGAGCGCUGUACCAAAUCUCCCGAAGAGAAACGGCUCGAGCUGGCACAGUUUGUGUCGAAGGAAAAGCAAAGCAUAAUUUCUGCUUCCGAACACCAACAACACAAUCCACAUCAGACACCUGCUAGAGCCGGCCGACGGGCUUCCAAUGCAUCGGUUACCAUCAUUGAUGACGGUAACGGUAGCUGGCCAGCAGAUUUCCAGCAGGAUGAUGAUUCUGUUGAGUUGGUAGCAGAAGAAGGCACACUUCCGUCGGUGGUAAAGCAUGAGUCCGGCUUCGACUUUUCCAGUCCGGGCAUUAAGGUGGAGGAAGAUGUAAAGGAAGGGCUGUUUACGGACGAGCCCAUGUUCGUUUGUAUGGUUCGGCCACCGAACAGACGGCUGGAAAGAAUGCUCAACGAACCAACCAUCAAACCGGAAGUGCCGGCAGACGCUAACGACGUUGCUGCAAAAGCGAACGAAAAUGAUACGAUGCAAAAACGAUACUGCUAUGCCUGCCAUGUGCUUAAGAACAGUACGCACAACAUAUCUCCUAACGUGGGUACGCGAGAAUUAAAUUAUCUGUUAAGCUUCGCCGUUGAGCAGUACAAAUCAUGGCUUCCCAAAGAUACCUUCUCGUCGUCGAAGCUUUUCCGGGACAAAAGAACGACGGUGCUGUCAAGCAAGACUGUUGAUACUUUCAAGAAGAUGCUUCUUCGUACGCCCACAUCGCUUGCAGCUGUACAAUCCAAGAUCCUGAACGAACAGUACAACAGUCUGGAAGAGUUCCACGUUGAUUUACUGGACAUCGCGCACAAUGUAGGAGUCAUCCAUGGAGUGAACUCAUUGGACUAUAGUGCGGCAAUGUAUUUUCUAGCCGAUUGCUUGUAUGAAGUACGAGAAAUACGCCAAUGUUCGGACUGCUAUCGCCAUUCGGCGGAGAAAGCAGAACCGGAUUGGUUCGCGCGCCCGUGCCGCACUCGGCACGAGUUAGUGUUUGCCAAACAAAAAAGUUACCAGUACUGGCCGGCGAAGGUGGUGCGAGUUACGAACAAGACGUACGACGUGCGUUUCUUUGGUGACAAACAUUUGCGCGCGUUGGUGAGUGCUGAUUGUGUGAAACCGAUCGAUACCGAUCUCCGUUCGCUGCAAGUGAAUGCUAAGCAUCGCGGGUUCCAGCAGGCGAUGGCCGAAAUGCUUAAACAUCAAUCGUUGUCUGAGAACAGAGAAUACUAUGCCUUUUCGUCCACCACCGGACAGGUGGUACAAAACACGGGAAGCAUACAGCAAUCGGUUGAAACCACAGUACCGCAACCACCACUACCGCCACCUCCUGCGUCUAACGACGGGGACGAUCGAGUGUUAAACCAUGGCCUGAAUAGUUCACGGCCCGUAACAAGGAAGCGCGCCAACAUAAGCAAUCAGUCUAGCAUCGCUGCGACCCUCCAGAAACAGCGGAAAUUAUUAGAUCGCUUUACGAAUCCGGUAGAUGUGAAAGCUAAAGCUUUGCAACUUUUGCAGGAAACCGAAGAAAGGUUUGCACUAAAGCUAGAAUUGCUUAACAUCCAGCACCGAAAAGAAAUAAGCGAGGUGAAGAAGAAACAAUGGUGUGCCAUGUGUGAAAAGGAGGCCCGAAUCCAAUGUUGCUGGAACACGUUCUACUGCACGACUGCCUGCCAAAAAAACCACGCAACACAACACCAAAAGCGACACCAGGCCGGCAGCAGGUGCCAUCGCUUGCGUUCGCUUUCUGUGUGUACCACCACCUCGCCAUCACAGCAUGCCAGCUAAUGCUGGUACACCAAAAUAAUAAGAUGUUGCUUUUAGUGUUACCACUAGCUGAUGUUUACCUUGCAUGUACAUAUCUGUAUUUAUUUGGAAAACUACACUCUCAUUCAUUUGAUUUUAUUGUUAAGUAUCGUCGACGAAAUGUCGCUACCGACAUUUUGUGCUGCUGUUUGCAGUAGGUUUAUGAAAAUGAGAUACAUAAUGAAUACUUUCAGAGUUGAGUAAUGAAAAUAAAGUAAACAACAAACGAGCA